CCGUUUCCGUCCGCUCCAGAAAACCCGUUCGCUCGCCUCUUCCUUUCUCGCGCGCAUACCACGUGCGUCGUCCACGACACCACCGCUGCUGCGUUCUUCUUCCGGUUCUCCUUGCCGCGGAGCAGUACCUAACUACAAUAGCAUACGGUUAAUUACUUCUCGUGCUGUCUUCUUUUUCGCGCCAACACCGGAUCAUCGCCGCCGUCAAAUCGUGACCUGUAAACGUCAUUCGGCGGUUACACGUGCAUAUUAUCACAACAUUAGACCUCUAGGUACUUUAAAAUGGCGAAGACGGCCUCGCCGUCUCCGUCUACCAGUUCUUCGGGCAACCUGCACCGCCAAAAGCCCGGGCCGAAGCCGAAAUAUACUCAACAGCAAUCGUCUUCGUCCGCACCGUCCUCGUCGACGUUGCCGGACUCGAAACUCCCGCUGCCCCAGUGUAAGGUCAAGCGGAACUACGCUUGCGGCAAGUGCGCGUACUACACCCAGAACCCACGCAGUUUCCUGCACCACCAGAAGAACGUACACGCCGAACGACUAAAAGUGUACGAGUGUUCACAUUGUCUGUACGCGUCGAAGCACAGCCAGAAGCUGCAGCGACACGUGCAUAUGGUGCACCAAGUGGAUAGCAAAGGUAGCAAGAAAAACCACGGAUUCGACGAGUCCGGAAAGCCGCUUCUAGUGCCGCCUGUCCGUAUCCGGGUGCAGCGCUUCGAAAAGUUUACGGACCAGCAUCUGGCCAAGCUGGUGAUUGUAGAAGACGUGGACGUCGAGGAGGUGCUCCCGGUCAGUGCUGACGAAGAGGGCGAGGGCGAGGGUGAGGGCGAAGAUGCGAAAGAAAUUGAAGCUGAAGCCGAAGAGGAAGCUGAAGUCGAGGCGGAAGCCGGAGUCGAAGAAGAAGAAGAGCUGGAUGAUGAAGAGGCCGGCGAAGAAGAAGAACUAGAGGACGAAGACGAGGACGAAGAAGAUGAACAAGGCGAAGAUGACGACGGUUCAGUGGACGCGGACGACCGUGUGCCCGUGACCUCACUGCUGCAAACAGCACCGCCAACAUCGCCAUCCCCAACGCCAUCCCCAGCUCCACUACCGCCGCCCAAGAAACUACAGCAAAAGAAGUACAAAGUGGAAAAGCCGUCCGUGACCUUCAUCCGGUGUUCCGUUUGCCCGUUCGGCAGCCAUAGCCGGACGCUGGUCAACAGGCACGAGAAGUCGGCGCACUUGAAGAAGAAAUUCUUCCGGUGUAUGAAGUGCAACUACGUGACUCACAUGCGGGCUCGGUACACCAAGCACGUCAAGUACCACACGAUGCCGAUGAUCAAGUGCGACGACUGCGACUUCCGGACGCCGUACAAGUGGAAUCUGGACCGGCACAACCGCAACCACAGCACCAUAGCGCCAGGCACGUACAAGUGCUCGCACUGUUCUUUCUCUGCCGAUAUCAAGCAGAGUCUCACCGUACACGAGACGAAUCACCACGUGCCACCGGUGGGCGGCGUGUUCCCCUCAAACGGCUCCAACCGCCGCCGGUACCGGGUGGGCGCGUCCGACGCUCCUGGCUCAGCGGUCGACGGCACAGAGAUCGUAACGUACGAGACGACAAAAGAAGACGGCAUCGUCGAGUUCAUUGCCGAGACAAAGAGCACUUCGCCGUCGGUGUCCGCCAACAGCGAUGGUGUCUCGACGUCCAAGUCCGUAGUGAAAAAGACUACCACGAUGACGACCACCACUUCGUUGCCGACAAUGCCAAUAAAGAUAAUUUCAGUGACCAGCCCGCCGGAGGGCAGCACAAAGGCCGCGGAACAAAAGCCACGGCGCCGGCCUAUGCCCAAGCUCAUACCGAUCGUUGAACAGCAACAGCAACAGCAACAACAGCAGCAACAACAGCAGCAGCAGCAGCAGCAGCAGUCACGGCGCGUACCCACGAUUGUCCGCAUGCGACUACCCGCGAGAACGGUAUCACCACCGCCGGAAAACGCUUCUGCAAUCACAGCGGACAACUACUACAGCUUGGCGGCGGGCCAGAGCGCGCUCAGCGAUUUUGCUUCCAUCAUCGACGACACGGACUGUGCGCCAAGCUCGUUCAACUGUAGCCCCACCUCCGCAAACGCCGCUGGCAGUGGCGUCGCCACAGCGGACCGGCGGCGGAGUAGCAGCAGUACCGGAAGCAGCAGCACCAUCACAUCGCCGAAGAGCAAGACUGCCUCGUUUUUCGACAAGCUCAAAGCCAAAGUGGACGAGACAGCGGACCUGACUUGCCCAGUAUGUCGUUACGAGUCCAAGUGUCUGUCGGAGUUCAUGCGACAUCAGCGGACUCAUGGUGGCGACGACGACAGCGACGCCUCUGCGUCCGUGGACGUCAAUGGCCUCAAGACCGAAGAUCAUACCGCGACGGCACUAGAACGGACGACAUCUACUCCGCCACCACCGCCGCCACCGCCGGUGACGGCUGCUGAGCUCAAGUCAACCAGGUGCCAGCGGUGCCGGAAGCGGUGCAAGACCAGUACCGAGUUGAUUGUGCACUUGGCCACUUGCCGAGGAACGACUGCCGCCGCCAUCACCACUGCAGCCGCAGAGAUUGACAGCCCGAACCGUCCAACCGUCGUGAAAGAAACCGUUACCGACGAUGAGCAAUUGCACCCGAUGGAGAAUAAGAUUUUCGUGUGGAACACCUCCGCGGUGACAACACCGCCCGGCGAAGAUCAAGCCACCGAAGACGAGGACAAUGAAGAAAACGACCGGGAAGAACAAGAUUCUGCUACCGUGACGGAAAUCGUGAUGUCACCUAACGUCAAACCGCCGUCGGCUAAAGAUGAGUCGGAAGACGACAUAAACACCAACGAUACACCUGAAAAUAUUGGCUCCUGUGACCCUGAAAUGUUACAACAUCAGGAACAAAUGAAGCACGCAAUCAGAAAGGAAGGAAAAAUGUACAAAACGGUGUUCAAGUGUCCGCAUUGCACGUUUUGGGCGGCCACUGCUUCUCGGUUCCACGUGCACAUUGUCGGCCACCUGAACCGCAAACCGUUCGAGUGUUCGUGUUGCGCGUACCGGUCCAACUGGCGUUGGGAUAUCACCAAGCACAUCCGGCUGAAGUCGGCGAGGAGAGGUGGCGGCGAAGAGUCGGCUGCGUCGUUUAACUCGCACCAGGGCGCCAAGGUGCUGAUGACGGAUGAGACGGGUCGCAGGAACUACAGCAAGUACAACCGGUAUCUGACUGUGAUGGAAAUGGACAUAGCGGACGGAGCAGACAAAGCGGCCGGUGGCGAGUGCGAGGACGGAAAGGGCGUCCGCAAGUCCGUGGGCGGCGGCAUCACCAGGAAACGGCGGGCGCCAACCUUUGCCCACAACAACGGGAUCCCGCUCCUGCUCAGGCAGCACCAGACGUCGACGUCGGGUAAGGCUGCAACGGCGGCGGGACAGUUGAAAAGGUUCAAAGCCGCGGCGAUCCGGAACCAACAGCUGAACCAGCAGCCGAACCAGAAUAACUCCGCGGCGACGACGCUCCUUCCGCCGACGGCUAUCGGAGGUGACGGACGCAGCAAGACCGUUUGGAAGUGCAAAAAAUGCUUCUUCAGAGACUGCGAUCGGUUGACUGUUUUAAACCAUGUCAAGGCGCACUACAGAAGAGGAGAGUUCGGCAGCAACACCAGUGCCACCAGAAUGAAUUCUUCGCAAAAUAGCGACUCCUCAGCCACCACUGACACGGCCAACGCAUCCAUCAACGAAUUAUAUAUCCAAACAAAAAAAUCGGCAGAAGUAAAAGAAACGGUAGAUCAAAAUUCUCCGACCACCGACCGUAGGAAAACAAAGACCCCCACAAAUCGGACCGCAUCCGACACGUUGUUACUAUUGUCCACCAACCCUAAGGCGUUAAUGCUUUAUGAUGAUGAAAACUUUUUGUCUUGUCCGCUAUGUGACGUGACAGCUGCUAGCCCUGGCCAACUGAAGGAACACAUGCAGCGCAUCCAUAUUCCCGAAGAAACCAAGUAUAGGUGUGAGUACUGUCCGUUUUGGUCGGAAGAAAAAAAAGCUAUGUUGGACCAUAUGAUGUUUGCGCACGAAAUGGACGAUGGCAGUGUAAAUACCGAUGGUAAUGCCAUUGAUGUAAAUUAUGGGACCGAACAACGCAAUGAAUCGACUUCAAAUUCAAUUAACGAUGACGACGAGGAGGGAAUGCAAGGAAUCGACGAAAAUGGUAGUAGUGACGACGUGACAGCUAAUAUGACAAUGUUCGACAACGGAAGUGAUGACACAAACACCACGACCAACAUGGAAGUGAUGUUCGACAACAGUGACGAAAAUAUUGUCGUGGUUGAGGCAGUGGAGUGCAAACCUGAUUUUGUUGAUAAUGAUGGAGGAUCACCUAUUGAAACACCGUCGACACCGAGCAAGGGCUCUGAGAAAAGCAGCUAUAGCAGUACCGCUGAUGAUAAAAUAGCCGACAAUAUGAUGAGUUGCGAAUACGACGGAGGUGAAGAACGUGACGAGGACGAAGAAAUAGUAGUCAGAGCAGAAGAAGCAACCGAACCCACAUCAGUUAAAAUUAUCAAAGAAAUUCUUGCACCUACAGCGUCAGCGGUGUCGGAAGGAGAUGCCUCAACUGUAUCACGCAUGGAAAUUGAGGUGUUCGAAUGCAACGAGUGUUGGUACUAUUCAACCAAUAGAAGAGACUUACUAGCACACAAGCAGCUGCACGUCGAAUCGGGAGCUCUGUAUAACUGUACGGAAUGCGUCUUCAACGUCACUAAAGCAGCAAUUUUAUACCAUCAUUAUCGACACGGGCACGUGAUCGAAGAACCAGAACUUAGAUAUCCAGAAGAUUCCGUGGUUCGGGCUGGGCAAAGAGACAUGAUUGCAAAGAAUGCCGAUAACAAACUGGAAAACAACACAAUCAACGUGACGGAUGUAGAUGAGACCACCGCUGGACCGCCCAUGGUGUGGCAUUACAGAAAGGAAAACGUCCCUCCUUUCACGAAAGUAUUCAAAUGUCGGUACUGUCCGCAUACUAAUCGCCGGCGACACAAUACAGUUGAGCACGAGCGGAUGCACUCAGACCACCCGGACCAUCAGCAUCACAGACAAAUGCAGCAGCGUCUAUCGGGCUGUUCAGUUCCACCAUCCCCUCUACACCCGUGCAAACGAUGUACUUAUGUAUGCAACAACGCAGGGGUCUUGGCAUCACAUGUCAAGGUACACUCAACAAGUUAUAGCUGCUCAACGGUGGGCUUUUAUGAUGUCACCGUUGUGGACUCGAUUCAAAUUCGAGCCCUCGAAUACGUGAUGGAGCUAGAACAAAGCUUACUGCUGGAUAAGAUCACUGCCAUCAACAGUGGGUUAUCUUAUUCUGGUAAUGAAGUGUUAUCCGAUACGUCAAGUGAUAAUGAAAUCCAAGAAGACGUCACAAAGUACACAGAAAUUGAUGAACCUGAGCUUAAAUUUUGUCCAUAUUGCCCGGCUCGGUACUUUUUCCUUACCGACCUCCGAUUCCAUAUCCGGUUCCAUAGGUUCCGAGGCUGGAAAAAUGCUUGCGACUGCUGUUCAUUUGUAGCUCGAGCAAAAAUCCACGUAAUCGCGCACGAGGUCGUUCACUGUGACGAGUACGCACAACGUACUACCGAAUUGAUCGCCUCUGGAUAUCCAGUUAACCCUAAAUAUCCUAGGCCUACAGAGUACCCUGUAUCGGUGAGUGACAAUUCACCUCUUCAGCUUCAGAGACGAUCAUGGUCUCCACCUCAAUCACCAAAUAACAACGAUUCAAAAACACAUUCGCCUGAGACUGACGGCCAACGUCAAAGGCGAACCAAACGUGUGCGGCAUUCAGAGCCUAACGUUUCCACCUCAGUUCAAUCGGCACCUGUCGAGUAUGCCGACGACACUAGUAAACGACGGCGUCGCUCUUUGGUAGUUGGUGUUGCCAUGAAAACUGUCAGUACAAAGCCACCGCCACCAGCACUACUACCUGUGACAAAAAUCGCAAAUUUAAAAUCAACGCUGCCACCUUUACUACCUGCGCCUAAAAUGCCAGUGGCUAAUGCAAAACCAACCACUACCAGCGCUGCAGCCAUGAAACAUGACGCUCAAGACUCCACCGGUGAAACCGCCCAAAAGCCCAUUAAAAAUACCAAGGCAAGUUAUAUACGACAAUUUAUGUGCACCAUGUGCCCAGGCAAGUUCUUCAAAUCUACAGCCUUGCAGUACCACAAAACUUUACAUGGUGGUCCGGGUCGUCACCGAUGCAGGCGUUGUGAUUAUGCAGUUAGCACUUAUGGCAACUUGGUCCGGCAUGAAACCGUACACCGAGAUCUACCUGCCAGAGAAAAAGUUAAGACUAAGACAUCAAAGAAAUUGAAAGCUCUAUCAAAGUUAAAGGGCAAAGGUAAAAAAAUUCCCUUGCCCGUAAUUUUAUCAGCGUUGCCAGCAACAUCAGGUUCAGAGGUGCAACCGGCACACGCAACCGACGAAAACGACGGACAAGAAGACUUUCAGAUCGAUCCCGAGUUCGGAUCCGUUAUGCUGGGCAACCCGAAUUUCUUUUAUCCGACCUCAGUAAAAAACGGCGUAAUCCGAUCUAAGCGGUACAAGUGCCCAAAAUGCCCGUCAGCGUUCGACAAACGCGACCAGUACGCCGUACACCUGACUCUGCAUGGGGCCCGGGACAAAUACCAAUGUGAUAAGUGUGACUAUGCAGUGCGAUACACUGCUAAUUACGUCCAACACCAGCGGAAGCACGCACAGGACGCAGAGAUCCGGAAGAACAACGAACAGGCCGCUGACAGGGCGAAAAUGAUCAAGGAACAGGAGGAGGCGUCGAACGCUCAACGGAUGCGUAGGCGACCGACUACAGAAGACCGGAAGCCACAGCGUCCGACCAAACUGAUGCUUCCGCCACCGGUGAAACUAGAGCCACAGGACACAACUUUCACGAACGAGAUAUCGGACCAGCAGACUGCUUACGAGCUGAAUGCCGCCUACGGAGCCACCGGAAACUUGGUUGGCGAGACAACCACAUCUCUAUUCCGGUGCGCACAAUGCCCGUUCGAGUGUGACAUUCGGUCACAGCUGGAUCGACACAACACUCAUCACCACGUGGCGAUGAACUCUUCUGGGGCCGCGUCCAAGCGGUCGUGGAAACGGUCGUGUAGGUUCUGCACGUACCGAACGCACGGUGAAGUGGAUCUGGCCGAGCACACCCGCGUCCAUUUCUUGCGAUCGACCGGUGAACCGAUGCCCAACAAUGGGGAUUACGUGUCUGCCGAGACUUACGUUCCCGCCUCGCCCACGGACGUUGCCGAGGGCGACCACAUCGAGUUCCACGGCAAGCGGGUCGUGUAUAGCCAGCGGCGGCGCAACAACAACACCGGUGGCCAAGAAGAUGUGCCGGAAAGCCUGGACGAAGGAGACAUCGAACCAUUUUUCGUGUUCAAAGACUGUGGUGAAGUCCGAUACCGUACCAACGAUCCAGCAACCGGAAACGGCAUGACGACCGCAGCCAUGAUCAGAUCCCGCAAGAGGUUCAGUCCUGACCGUCUGCCACCGAAUAUGACGAUCGACUACAACGACAACCGCACCGCAGAGGGCCACAAAGAACCACCAGCUGCGUUCGUGCGGUUCUUCGACAGCGGCACCCGGCUCGAGUUCCUGGAUGAUGAUCCUGUUGAGCCCACAGGCAAAAGAAAAAGGAGUAAGAAAUAGUUGGCACGUCGAUCAUCUUAAACAAUUUUCCCUCUCCGUUUUGUGUCCAUACAGCGUUCGUUUUGCGUUUGCCAAUAACAAAUAUUUUCGUUUUUUUAAGGCACACACUCCUAUAAUACAAUAAUCGUACUUCGUCCGCCGUGAUCGACAUAUUUUACGUUCUAUACUAUUAUCGUGUAGCUUAUAAUUUUUAGUUUCACGUUUUUUUUUUUUCAUUCGUUUAUUCUUAUGACCACGUUUUUUUAUUAUCUAUUUUUGUCCCAAUUGUUAACAGAUUAAUUACUUUAUUAUUUGUAGUAUAAAAUAUUUUUUGUGUAUAAUUUUAGACAUUUUGGUGCCUUUUACCCAUCCCUUCGUUUGAGCUUCUAUACACACAUUCUUUAGAUUUCAUUAUUGCGUACACUCUACCCUCUCCCCCACCAAUUUAAUUAUAUAAACUAAAUGUACAUAAUAAUAUAUUAUUGAAUUGAAGUACGAUUUUUUAUUAUAAUUAACUAGUAUAAUUUUUUAAGUAGUAAUGUAUCGUUGUUAUAUAAUAUUUAUCGUAGACACUUGUAUCGCGUUUGGACCAAUAUGAUAUGUAUUUAUUUAUUUAUGUUGCUAUCCUCUCUAGCUCAUUAAGAGAGUAGAGAAAUCGUAGGUAUCCAAAUAAUCUUAUUACUAUUACUAUUAUUAUACUAUAUAUUUACGUUUACACACAACCCACAUUAGCGACUAUAUUAUAUAUUUUAUAAUAUUGAACAUUACAUUUUUGGUUUUUUUUCUCCACUAUAUUAUAUUGUAUAACGGACGAUUAUUUAGACGAUCGCCGAGGAUUUGUUUUAUGCGCUGCUUGUGUACCUAUAUCUUAAAAGUGGCGUCUGCUGCUGUAUAUGCGCAUUAUUUUAUUUUUCAUCGGUAAAUCAAACAAUUAAACUAUAAUAUGUAUAUAUUUAUGAAAUGUAUUUAUUUAAAUUAUUUAUGUGACGACGACGAAUAAAAGGGAUUAAUGUACUAAAAUGA